CUAUGAUGUGAUAACAGGCUUCUGUUUCCAGCACCACUGCACCACUUUACGGUCUACAAACGUAUUACCCGACAUAGGGUCUCCGAAGGUAUUUAAAAUUAUACAUUUCUGAAAAAUAUAGUUUCCGAUGGUGGCUGUGGGCGAUUCGCCGCUACUUGUUUGGAAUAUACGCCUACCCGCCGCCGUUUUCGGGUCGUUUUAAUAAUGGAAACGUGUUAUUUGAGUCACGUGGUCCUAGCCCGUCUUUCUCUGGUGGUCCUCUUGGUCGUUCUGAGACCCCUCAAUGCGUGGACUUACACCUCCAGCAGCAACGAUAUGGAUAGGACACUGGUAUCGGGGGGAUACUUUUCUCCCCGGGUUACUAACUCUGAAGAAAUAACUGCCAUAACUCCCUUACCAAAAUACUUGUUUACUUCUCCGGCAACUUCAACGGACUUAAGAGAGAUAUCAUCACCAUCAACUGGAACAGAACUCCACCACAGAGUCAGGCAUUCUGAUGAGAGUGAGACACGGGCGUUGAGUGAAGACAAAUUAGCCACUGAACAAAACACACAUCUCUCCACGGACUCAACCAGCUGGACAGCAGAAGGAACCCUUGGUUUGUCGAUGGAGCAGAGGAGCUCUACCAUUGUAGUGUCCACAGAGGCUACCACACAGUGGAAGGACCAGACCAGACUAACACCAGACCACCUACCAGAGGCCUACUCUGGGCUCCCAGCACAACUCAGGGCUUUGACUGAAACCAAACGCUCAGUAGAGUUCAAGUCUGUGUCUGUUACUGAAGCCAGACUGCCUCAGGACAGCCCUGAUGCUGACAGCAGUCUCAGGCAGGACCAGUCAACAGAUGGAAACACAGUGGGUCUCAGAGAGGACCAGUCGACAAACCGAGGCACCAUGGGUCUCAGAGAGGACCAGUCGACAAACCGAGGUACUGUGGGUCUCAGAGAGGACCAGUCGACAAACCGAGGUACCGUGGGUCUCAGCGAGGACCUGUCCACAAACCGAGGUACUGUGGGUCUCAGAGAGGACCAGUCCUCAAACCGAGGUACUGUGGGUCUCAGAGAGGACCAGUCCACAAACCGAGGAACUGUGGGUCUCAGAGAGGCCCAGUCCACAAACCGAGGUACUGUGGGUCUCAGAGAGGACCAGUCCACAAACCGAGGAACCAUAGAUCUCAGAGAGGACCAGUCCACAAACCGAGGUACUGUGGGUCUCAGAGAGGACCAGUCCACAAACCGAGGAACUGUGGGUCUCAGAGAGGACCAGUCCACAAACCGAGGUACCGUGGGUCUCAGAGAGGACCAGUCCACAAACCGAGGAACCAUGGAUCUCAGAGAGGACCAGUCCACAAACCGAGGUACUGUGGGUCUCAGAGAGGACCAGUCCACAAACCAAGGUAUUGUGGGUCUCAGAGAGGACCAGUCCACAAACCGAGGCACCGUGGGUCUCAGAGAGGACCAGUCCACAAACCAAGGCACCGUGGGUCUCAGAGAGGACCAGUCCACAAACCGAGGCACAAUGGGUCUCAGGCAAGGACAGUCAACAGAUACUCUCAGGCAGGACCAGUGGACCGACCUAGGAACCAUGGCUCUCCCCAUCCCUGUCCACACUGACCGCACCUACAUCUCCUCCACUAUGAGUCGAGCGGGAGAGAGGACCUUACUGUCUGUGACCUCCAACAGCACCUCCAUGUACCCUGAGGACUCUACCUGGGGCCUCCCGACCGGCCGCACCGGCGCCGGGGCUGGGGAUGUCACCGACAGGAUACCCUCCACCGGACCUGACCAUGGGCAUGACGCUACGUCUGGGUCUGACUCUCACCCCCACUCCAACACAAACUCUUCACAAGAGUGGCCUGGUAGUUUUUCCUCCAGAGGGACCAACCCGCUGACUGGACCCCCCAAUGUGACGACCCAACAGCAGGACCUCACCUCUCUGGUUUCGGAGGGAACCCCCCACUCCACCCCCCCUCUCAGCGUGGUUGAUAACCACAGCAGACGGGACACAGACACAACAGACUCCAGUCAGCCCUCCAGAGGCAGGACGUCCCAGACAGAAGAUGGGGUCCCUGAUUCUUCACAGCCCCCCAUCCUGUUUUCAGAAGGACCCAGCCAUCCCAGCACCAACACCUCUCAGGGAGGAGAUAGAGAUACUCCCUCCAUCCUGGUCACCGGGUCUGGGACUUCCACAGAGUCCUCCACAGGUCCCCUCAGCACCCAGGGGGGCCAGGGUGAGACAGAAGGGGUCUCAUCGCUCCACACAGAGGACACUACCAUCGUAGGUCUGGGUCUAACUACUGCUCCCCCGACGCUACGAGAAAAUGCCACCGCCCUGGACGACUCCCUGUCCCGGUUCCUCUCAAGCCAGCCUCCCUUUGUCCCCAAGACGGAGCGGCCAUCGCCAGCGGUGACCACAGAGGUCCUGGUGUCCAGCACAUCCAUUACCGUGACGAUGACGUCACAGGUCACUGAGGAGGAGCUCAACAGAGUUACUACGGCAACCAGCACCACACUGACCCCCCCUCUGGCUACGACGAGGAUGGUUCAGCUUAGCACCGCCACCUCCGUCGAGGCCCAGACUCAACCCACCACCAUCCCUACCACCAUUACCACUGAGACUACUCUGGGUCUCCAGACCUCGGCUUCCACCCCCCAGUGCUCGCCUACCCUUCAGACCCAGACCCAGGAGCCCUCAACGGGGGUGAGCUUCACCGAAGUGACCAGCUCCACCGAUGUAACCACCUUGCACCUGGAGACCAGCACUGCCACACCAGGGAACACCACGGCCCACAACGGCCAGGCCUUCACCACCACCACUACUACAGCCUCCUCUUCCUACAGCCACAGCACCACCAGGAGCACGGUGGAACUGCACACUACAGGGAAACACACUGACAGGGGGACCACUGAGGUAGAAGUGACCACAGCUCCAAUGGACAUCAGAUCUACACCCCAGACACCAGGUAGUGCCUGUGAGCCCAACCCCUGUCUGAACGGAGGUGGGUGUGGAGGGACCUAUGGAGGGAGGGAAUUCACCUGUUACUGUCUGUCAGCAUGGACAGGACCUACCUGCAGUGAGGAUGUGGAUGAGUGUGAGAGUGGCCCCGGCCCCUCGGGCCCCUGUCCCAGUGACUCUACGUGUGUUAACACCAGGGGCUCCUUCAGCUGUGAGUGUCCCCUGGGCCUUGACAUUGAGAACGGACGAGACUGCACGCGAGCAAAGACAUUCUUAGGGACGUUCAGUGUCAACAACUCUUACUAUGACCCACUGCUCUCCAGGAGCACCACACUGCAUGAGAUCCAGAGAGAGAUCAACCAGCUGCUCAACGCCUCACUAUCAAAUCUGCGUGGUUACCAGCGCUCUACUUUGAGUAAAAAAGGGGAGGACGGGGCCCGUAUCUCUGCUGUCAACAUGUUCUCCCUCUCUACUGACGUGACCAGCUCUGAGGUCUACCACAGCAUACAGAGAUCUCUGAACAACUGUAACAGCACUGCUGGACACUGCAGAGUGGUGGUCACUCACCAGCUCUCUUAUCAAGUUGAGAGUCUGUGUCUGGCCCAGAACACCCAGUGUCACCUAGAGCGUUCCUUCUGUACCGACUCCAAUGGGACAGCCUACUGCCAGUGUCAACCAGGGUACUUCAAACUCAACCCUGAGGACCAGUCCUGCCUAGGUGAGGCCUGGAACGGGGAUAAGGUGGAGGGUAGUCCUCCGUCUUGCAUAGAAUGCGGUGAUGGUCUGAAACGGGUAAAUGGAACCUGUGUCAGGUGCACAUUUGGAUUUGGAGGAUUCAACUGUGGAAAUUUCUACAAGCUGAUAGCUGUGGUGGUAUCACCAGUAGGGGGUACCCUACUCCUUGUUCUCAUCAUCGCACUCAUUGUCACCUGCUGCAAGAAAGACAAGAAUGACAUCAACAAGAUCAUUUUCAAAAGUGGCGAUUUUCAGAUGUCGCCGUACGCAGAGUUCCCAAAGAGUAACCGUGUUUCUAUGGAGUGGGGGAGAGAGACCAUCGAGAUGCAGGAAAACGGUAGCACCAAGAACCUGCUACAGAUGACAGACAUCUACUACUCUCCUGCGUUGCGUAACUCUGACCUAGAGCGUAACGGCCUCUACCCAUUCUCUGGCCUGCCAGGCUCCCGUCACUCCUGUAUCUACCCCGCCCAAUGGAACCCUUCAUUCAUCAACGACGACUCACGACGUCGGGACUACUUCUGACGCCCAGCUACCCCGCCUCUGGCCCUGUCUAGCCAGCCAACUCCGCCUCUGGCCCUGCCUAGCCAGCCAACCCCGCCUCUGGCCCUGCCUAGCCAGCCAACCCCGCCUCUGGCCCUGUCUAGCCAGCCAACUCCGCCUCUGGCCCUGUCUAGCCAGCCAACCCCGCCUCUGGUCCUGUCUAGCCAGCCAACUCCACCACUGGCCCUGUCUAGCCAGCCAACUCCACCACUGGCCCUGUCUAGCCAGCCAACUCCACCACUGGCCCUGUCUAACCAGCCAACUCCACCACUGGCCCUGUCUAGCCAGCCAACUCCACGUCUGCCGCUGCCAUAAGCCUAAUUUACACACCUUCCACUUCACUUCAACGUCCAUACAAGGUCCGCAUCCGCGUACCUCCUUGGAAAAGUGGCCUGCGGACGUGGAGAUUUGUCCGUACGGACAAGAGUCAAUUUUGCAUCAUUUCAUUCGAGUGGACCUAGCGGAUAGCUCAGAAGUGCAAGGUGUAAAUAAGGCUUUAGCCUGGUCCCAGAUCUGUUUGUGCUCUUGCGUACUCCAUUGCUGUCCUUGUCAAGACAAACAUGGCAAUGAGUGAUAAGGAGUUGGCAUGGUAGCACAAACACACUGGCACGCAGGCUACCUCUGCCUGGCCUCCAGCCAACUACAUCAAUGAUUAAGUGCACCAAAAAUACAUCACACUGAUUUGAUCAGUGCACAUUUGAUCAUAUGAUUUGAUCGUAUGUCAAAAGCAAUAAUAAAAGCAAUCCAUAAAUUAUAAAAGUUACCAUGUAUACCAUGUAUUCAUAAUGUGUGGAUGCAUGUCUGUCUGUUCUGCGAAGUGUGUGUGUGUGUACUGAAAAUACAGGUUGAAAAGAGAAAGCUGCAAAAACUUGUUUUGUGUGUGUCAAGUAUUGUUACAUUGUGUAAAGAUAUUUAACGGCAUGUCAGAUGGAAAAGAAUACAUGUCAAGAAAUCAAUGUGCUGUAUUUGUCAGAUGAGGAAUAGAUGCACGAAAGUGGUUUCAUAUGACAUAUUGAAUGAUGGUCAAGUUGCGGUCUGUUGAUCGGAACAGUACAACAGUUUUUGUAAUUUAUUGAAUGUAUUUCAACGGUAAAAAAUGUUUGAAGACAUUUUCAACAUGUUGCAUUGUCAGAGGGACUCAUACCCCACCCUAUUCUGUAGGGACAAACAUCUGAAGUUUGGAACACAAAAGGCUGCGUGUGCGUGUGUGGAUGUGUUUACCUAUACUUGUUGGGACACAAUAAUAGUAAACAAACAAAAAUUUGACCAACUGGGGAUAUGUUGUUGGUCCCCACUAGGUCAAAUGCUAUUUCUA